AAUAAAUAUAAUAAAUUAAAAAUUACAUCACUAUGGAUUCAAAUCAAUUUCAACAAUUGCUAGAAGUUUUUACAAAAAAUCAACGUGAUUUACUUCAGCAAUUAAGUACUAAUGCUACAUUUCAACAAACAUCGCAGAGGCAACAACAAAAUGUGCCUCCAUUACAUGCAAUGAUACCGCCAUUUGAAAAUUUUGAUGCGAGCAAAGAAAACUUCAAGUUGUAUCGUCAAAGGUUUGAAAAUUACCUUAACAUGAAAGGUGUACUUAACGAUAAAACUGUAUGCCACCAAAUGCUCGUUAAUUCUUUGGGGUCAACACAUUUUAAAUUGCUGGUUUCUCUAGUGGCACCGAAAAAAAUAACAGAAAUAGAGUACGACGAGUUGGUAAAGAAACUCGAAAUGCAUUUGUGCCCAGAGAAGAACAUACUGGUAAUACAACAUCGAUUUUUAUCUACAUAUCAAAACGAUGAGCAAUCAUUAGCUGAUUAUGUUGCAAUACUCCGGCGUGAUAUAAAUGAAUGCAAGUUUGUGUCAACAUGUGCCUGCCAGGCCGAUAUAUCAAACAUUUUCCUUCGAGCCCAAUUCAUACGAGGCAUAAAAGACAAUACUAUCCGCGAACAGCUCUUACAAUCGGAAGAACCAGAUUUUGCAAAAAUUAUGCAAAAAGCAUUGUCAUUGGAAGCGUCUAAAAUUGACAGUCGGGAACUGAACUCAAAAACACCUAUCAACACGAAUGACGUCAACAAAGUGUAUUCCAGAUCUUCAAGAUCAAAUCGUCGAAGUCGUGGUCGAUUCCGGUCAUCUUCAAGAACACCAAUGCGUUCAAAAAUUAACUUUACUCAAUUAGGAAUUGAAAAUCUUUGUAUACGUUGUGGGAAAGACAACCACAAAACAAAACAAUGUCGCACUAACCCUAACAAACUCAAAUGCAGAUCCUGUGGCAAAACAGGCCACGUUCAACAGGUAUGUUUAAAAACUUUAAUAAACGCGUCAAACAACAAUUCAAUUUCCACAAAUGAUAAUCAUGAUGAGACAGUUUAUAAAAUAUAUGGCAUAAAUAAAAUUGUUGAUAUCAAUCAACAAUUCGUAGUCGUAGCCGUAGAAAUAAACGGACGGCGUCAAACUUUUGAGGUCGACUCUGGAGUUAAAUACACAUUGAUAAAAAAAGUCAAUACGAGCUUCUUAACUUAAAAACACAUUUACAACCGUCAUCUAUAGCUUUUCGA